GCUUCGCAGGGGCAGGCGGCCUCCGAGUGGCUCAGCGUGUCCGCCAUCAUGGCGUUCGCGCCUAUGGGGCCCGAGGCCUCGUUCUUCGACACCCUGGAUCGGCACAGGGCUUCCCUGUUGGCCAUGGUGAAGAGAGGCGCAGGGGAGACCCCUGCCGGGGCCACCCGCGUGGCCUCUAGUUCUGAGGUUCUUACAGCUAUAGAAAAUAUUAUCCAAGACAUAAUCAAAAGCUUGGCAAGAAAUGAAGUGCCUGCCUUCACAAUAGACAACAGAUCGAGCUGGCAAAACAUAACGUUUGACGAUUCUGUCGGCCUUCAGAUGAAACCUCAGUGUACCACAAGAAAAAUCAGAAGCGAUUCACCAAGAUCAGUUAAGAAAUUCGCUCUAAUUCUGAAAAUAUUGUCCAUGAUUUAUAAAUUAAUACAGAGCAACACUUAUGCAACCAAGAGAGACAUAUACUACACUGACAGCCAGCUCUUUGGGAACCAGGCUGCGGUGGACAGCGCCAUCGAUGACAUUUCCUGUAUGCUGAAAGUGCCCAGGAGGGGUCUGCAUGUGUUAUCUACAUCCAAGGGAUUGAUCGCUGGCAACUUGAGAUACAUGGAGGAAGAUGGUACCAGAGUCCAGUGUACCUGUAGUGCCACGGCUACUGCUGUGCCGACUAACAUCCAAGGAAUGCAGAAUCUGAUCACAGAUGCAAAGUUUCUGUUAAUAGUCGAGAAGGAUGCAACAUUUCAGCGGCUCCUGGACGACAACUUCUGCAGCAGGAUGUCCCCGUGCAUCAUGGUUACGGGAAAGGGCAUUCCAGAUCUGAACACGAGGCUCUUGGUAAAGAAGCUGUGGGAUACCUUUCAUAUUCCUGUUUUCACACUGGUCGAUGCUGAUCCCUACGGCAUCGAGAUAAUGUGCAUCUAUAAGUACGGAUCCAUGUCCAUGUCUUUUGAAGCCCACAAUCUCACUAUCCCAACUAUCAGAUGGCUUGGUCUCCUCCCUUCUGACAUUCAAAGGUUAAAUAUACCUAAGGAUAGUUUGAUCCCACUGACAAAGCAUGACCAGAUGAAGCUGGAGAGCAUCCUGAAGAGGCCUUACAUCACCUACCAGCCCCUCUGGAAAAAAGAGUUGGAAAUGAUGGCAGACGCUAAGAUGAAGGCAGAGAUCCAAGCCCUGACCUUCGUGUCGCCAGACUUCCUGUCCAGAGUGUACCUACCCAACAAGCUGAGGUCUGGAGGAUGGAUAUAAAGCCACAGCGGGGACGUGGACCACCAGGCUUCCUGUUGACUGCUUGGGUGAAGGAGUAUCUAGUCUUAGUUCUGCAAUGGUAAAAAUAAUUUUACAUUAACAUAUUUUUAUCAAAGCAAACUUCACAGUGCUCUUUAAAAGGUUUGAUCUUCUGUAAAGACAGAUCCUUAUUCUAUGUUCUACAGUGAUUAUAAAAUUAUUUAAUUUUAAAUUUUUAUUAGAAAAACUGUUACAUAUCCUAAAAGUCUAUAAAAAAUAUUUACUUCCUGCAACAUAGCUAGUGUAGCAUGAAGUGUCUCACUAGCAACAAAGAAAAACAUCAGGUGAACCCUGAGUGGCUGCGAAGGAUCACAAGGUAUUUUCCUCUAGUACUUUCUUUUGCCUCAUGGUAUAGGUACCUUGCCCUGUUAAUGUACCUGUGAAACUAGUAAAGCUUAUUAUAAACAA